GACACAGUCGUGUCACCAACAACACAUUUUGCCGAAUGUUCAACGUGUUAUGUAGAAGAAGUGUGUCGUCUGGUUUUUAUCGUUUUGUUCGAGUGUCCCUUCGUGUUUGCCAUUACUCCACAUUUGACAUGACAUCUUUCCGACCUAUUGUAAUCAGCGGACCAUCUGGGGGAGGUAAAAGUACACUGUUAACACGCCUUUUCAAAGAAUUCCCAGAUUGCUUUGCAUUUAGUGUUUCACAUACAACAAGAAAUCCAAGAGCAGGCGAACAAGAUGGAAAAGAUUAUUUCUUUGUUACCAGGCCAGACUUUGAGGCGAUGAUUGCAGAGAAUGGGUUUUUAGAACAUGCAGAAUUCUCAGGGAAUAGAUAUGGAACAAGUAAGAAAGCUGUAGAAGAUAUACAGAAGACUGGAAGAAUAUGUAUAUUGGACGUAGAAGUCAAUGGUGUGAAAAAUAUAAAAAAGACAGAUUUCAAUGCUAGAUAUGUGUUCGUCAGACCUCCAAGUAUGGAGGUGUUGGUUGAAAGAUUAAAAUCUCGGGGAACAGAAACAGAAGAAAGUUUACAGAAAAGAAUAAAUUCAGCGAAAGAGUCUCUGGAAUAUGCUGAACAGAAAGGCAGCUAUGAUCAUAUUGUGGUUAAUGAUGAUUUAAACAAAGCCUAUGACAAUUUCAGGGGAUUACUAAUAGAGGAUAUUACAGCACUGCAACAAGCCAGAUUAAAAGCAACGAAAUAAUGAUGGCAAAAAGAUUAGAAAAAACUUUACUGUUAUCUACAUUUCUGUAUUUCCAGAUAGAAAAUAAAACAUUCCUUCUUAAUGUUAUAAAAUAAAAAUCAUUUGGAUUUUUUUUUAUGUUGCAUUACUGUCUCAUGAUAAAACAGAACGUUUUAUUUUAUUCCUAUUUGCAAUUAUGAUGUAACGAAUUCUUAAGGUAUAUGAACUUUUUUUUCUUCUGGAAAUGCAGGAUUGCCGAUUAUGUGAAAAGGUUGAAUAAUUCUGCAAUAAAUUGGUAGCUCAACACUAUUUUACAGUGCAAUUUGCAAGGAUUUUUUUUAUAAUAAUGCAAUUGAUUUUUAGCAGCUACUGGAAUGUGUAGCUUCGUAUUGAAAACAAAUUAUAAAGUUUUGGUGGGUUUAAUUUUAAGCUAUCAUAUAAAAUCCUGUUGAACAGGAAUUGUAAUGUAUUACUGUAUAUUAAGGAUAUACUUAGGUCAGGUUUAGGAAUUUUUGUCAGAUGUUCAGACUCCUUGUUUUUUUCCUACGAUACAGGGUAAAAUAUUUUGCCCAAUAACACCCAUUUUUCUUUUCAUAUAAAACUUCAAUAGCUCAUAAAAGAUCAUAUACCAAAAUUUAUGCAGAUUCUAGAUUUCUUUUCUUUCGAUUUGAGACCCAAAUAAUAUCAAUGCAAAUAUAAGGUAAAAGUCUGAGUGAGCCUUUUCCCGCCAUAUUUCAAAAAUUAAAUAUCUCGAAAAGGAGCUCCAUAACCUAUCAAUAUUUUUAGCUUAUUUUGUUCCUUAACUAAUGCUCUUCUAACUUAUAGUAUCAAUUUUAAAUUCUAGAUUUUUUUAAUUUCACCUAAGUACAUCCUUAAAAGAAUUCAUGUCUUCAUAAUCUAAAUAAAUGUGGGUAAGUAAGUAUUGUUUAUGGAAUAAGACCACUAAAUCAUAGCCCAUUGCUUUCUAUGUUCAAUUCUGCAAUUUAGAGCGUUCAUAGCUAUUUUGUCGAAUGUUCAAAUAAAGUGACAGUCAUUUCAUGUCAAAACUAUGCCUGCCUUAUCCUGAAAAAUUCAGCAUACAUGUAAUAGCAUAUUAAAGUGAACUGGUUCCCCGAAGUUUGGUAGUACAAAAACAGGUACUGUUGAUUGAGUAACAGGCCAAAUAUGCCCUCCUUUUCAAAUUUCAUAUAUUUUUUCUUAUUAUUCAAAAUAAACUUUGAACAAGGGUUUUUCAAUGGUCCAAAGUCCUUAAGCUUUUAUCUGAUACCAAAAUUACACAAAUAUUUUACUUAGUGAAAAAGUUACAGCUUUGCGUAAGAACUGUUUUGUUUGAAAUAUGUGCUACUUUUUUGUAUAUUCUUUCUAACCGGGCCUGAAUUAGUGGUUCUUUACCACAACAAAAUCAAUGUUACAUAUCGACUGUGUACAUUUUGUUGUACAUUUUUAAAAGAAUUACCUAUACUGCCCUGGGUGGAUCAAUGAUUUUUCAAAGGGUGUCACUGAAAAUACAUUUAUUUUUCAAAAUGUUCAUCGGAGAAGUAAAAUUAAUUCCUGUUAAUGUAAUUGCCAUUGAAACAAGUGUGAAAUUUGAUAUCUUACUUAAGGAUGUUCGCUACUCUGUUUCAAAAUAACAAGCUUUUUAAAAGACUGUUAUAAAUUGUUAGUAUAUAAAUAAAGGAACUUAAAAAGCAGAAAAAAAUUAAGGGUUCGUGCGCUUGUUUUCGAGAUAUAAGCCAUUGAACAUUUGGCGGGAAAUAAUUCUAUCUAGACUUUUCAUACAUUGAACAUUGGCACCCUUUUUCUUUAAAAUAAUAUGAAAAAAUAACAAGGAUUUCAUAGCAUUUUCAAAUAUGACUUUUAAAUCUAUAUUUAAUAAAAUAAUGAGAAGAAAAGUAGGGGUUAGCGAGGAAAAUUGUUUAAUGGCACUACAUGGAUAAAACCAGAGAAUUCUGAAUAUCUGGCAAACAAUUCAAAAACAAGAGGAGCGAACAUCCUUAAGUUUUUAGUAUCAGCAAUUCUUACUAAAUAUCUUCAUCGGAACAGAUACUAGUAUUUGUGUUUGAGCAUUUCUUCUGUGAUUUUUUUUAAUUUUAUAUCAAAUAUUAAUUAGCAGAAAAUAAAAAGAAUUAUGUAACUUCAGAAGAAGAGACAAAUUUCAAUAUAUAUAUGCUGAUGAUUGUAACAUUGUUGGAUAAGGAAUUAUUGUGUAUAGGUAGUUUUCCAUUGACAAGAUUUGGGUUAGAGUUAUUUCCCUUUGGCAGCCAUUUUGGAUGAUUUUUUUAUUUGACUAAUGAAGUUGGAACAUGUUGUAAGUUCAAGUCAGAUAAAAGAUCCUUACUAGAUCGAAGUGAUAAUUGAAUAAUAAAAUUGAGAAUGGAAAUGGGGAAUAUGUCAAAGAGACAACAACCCGACCAAAGAGCAGACAACAGCCGUAGGCCACCAAUGGGUCUUCAAUGCAGCAAGAAAAUCCCGCACCCGGAGGUGGUCCUCAGCUGGCCCCUAAAUAAAAUUGUGUGCUAGUUCAGUGAAAAUGGACGUCACACUAAACUUCAAAACAUAUAAAUGAACUAAAAUUAAAAAACAUACUAGACUAACAAAGGACAGAGGCUCCUGACUUGGGACAGGCGCAAAAAUGCGGUGGGGUUAAACAUGUUUUGUGAGAUCUCAACCCUCCCCUCCCCCUAUACCUCUAGCAAAUGUAGAAUAAAGAAACACAUAGCAAUACUCACAGUAAAACUCGGUUUAAAAGAAGUCUGAGUCCGAUGUCAAAAUAGGUAACAAAAGAAAGUAUAUUUCAGUUUUUAUUUUAAUUAAAAUUGCAAAAUGAAAUAAAUACAGUAAUUCAUUUUUGUUUAAAUAUUGCAACAUUUAUUCCAUUUUGUUAAAAUAACAAAUCAGAUUGUUAGAGGUACCUUUUUCCUUUUUCGUUAUUAAAAUGUCAAGAGGUAGAAAUUAAAUUUCAAAAAAAAUAACUGAAAUCUAAAAUAUAUUUUAAAAAAUUACAUUGCAUGCAAGAUAUGAAAAUAUUUUAAGCAAUGAAAUGACGACGUAGGAAGAUUAAUUAAAUGUGCCGCGUAAAUUACGAAUAGGUAACAAAAGAAACAUGACUUAAACAAAUGCUAUAUAUGCAAUAAGAUAUAAAAAUAACUUUUUUUAAAGUCUAGCAGUUAAUAUUACAAGCUGUUGAUUAAUGAAAGGGUGUUUGUGUACAUUGUCUACAACAUGUCAAUAGACAGAAAUGACUCUUACUUAAGGUGGUACCCAACACCUUGACUAAAAUUAAUUUGACUCGUUUAAUUUUCAUAAAAUUUUGUCAAAAUAUUUACUUUGACCCUUUAAAAAAAAAAUAUAAAUAUUUCAAAAAACUUGAACCAACCACUUUCUUGGAAAAAUUUCAUUGGAUAUAUAGCAGUUUGACAAACGCUAAUUUUAAUCAUUGAGAAGCUUAAUAUUUCCUUAACAAUACAACGUAAUUAAAACGUUUAGUUGAUUUUACAGAGUUAUCUCCCUGUAGUGUUAGGUACCACCUUAAAUAAUGUCGAUCAAAAACUAUUGUGUGUUUAUGUUUAUAUCUCUAAUAAAAGUUGUGGGUAGAACAUUGUUAAUUCAGAUAUUAAUGUGUAUUGUGUAUUUUAUUUAUAACUGUUAUGCAAGUUGUGGGUAGACCAUUGUUAAUUCAGAAAUUAAUUUGUAUUGUGUAAUUUUAUAUAGCUUACAGCAUUUAAUCUGAAAAUGUUUGACAAAACGUUAAAUUGUCAAAGAAAUUAGGUAAAGGAGAAUUUAUGAAAAAGCCACUUUUUUUACAUUAAAGGAGUAGGCCUGGUAAGACCCCUUUUUGGCCCCAAAAUAUAGCAUUUUUACAAAUUUGUUGAAAUGUAAACUAUGAGCUAUUUAUUGGAAAGUAGAAUACAUUUGUUACAUAAAUAUGGGCUGUUUUUGACAAUACAAUGCACAUGCAUCAGGUACUAGCAUCAUAAAUUCAUGCAAAAUUAGUGAAAUCUUCACAAUUUUAGCAUUUGUGCUAAUUUAAGAAGGUAUUUGUCUCAAAUGGAAGUGGCCGCAUUUGUGUUGAGUCUUAAUAUUUGAAUAUAUGUUGUAUUUGAUGAUAAUACAUAACAUAUAUAAAGGUUGAGACUGAACACGAAUGUGACCACUUACAUUUUAGACAAAAACCAUCUGAAAAGUGACAUCUAUGGCAUAUUUGAUAAAUUUUUCAUAUUUAAGCUUGAAUUUGAGCCUCUUUAAUGACCAAAUUAGUUCAAAUCUUUUACAUAAACUAAUUAAAUCAACUGAAGUAGACACUUAAGUUUUUAAAAAAUGUAAAAAAUCUUUCAUCAGAUGUACUUCGAAUUUUAGGCCAAAACUAGCCCUUACCGGACCUUCUCUUUUAGAUAUCUCAAAGUGUCAUCAAUGACAAAGAACAAUCUUGUGUAUAAAAAGAAAUUUAUGAUAAAGAAUUUUGAAAUAAAAUUUGAGAAGAUAGGUUUUAUAAAAUUGAGAAUUGAAAUGGGAAAUAAUAUGCUUUAAGAAAAUAAAGGGAAAAAAUGGUGUCACCUAACUUGUUUUCUUGCUACAAGCAAAUAGUGAAAAUUUCUGAACAUUCCUUUAUGAAAAUUUUACUAAAAGAGUCAUCUCCCCUUAUAUAGCUAAGUAGAAAAAUGAAUCGAAACAAAAAAACAAGUUUUGGUAUUUGUUAAAAUAGUCUUAAUAAUGCAAUAAAUCACUUAUUUUUCUUUAUUUAGAUAAACAGUCUGGCACAUUAAUUGCCAAUCUUCCUCAAAAUUUGCAGAUUUAAGUAAAGAGCUAAGCUACUUGUGUACUGCUAUUUUACAACCCAAGUUGCGGUAUACAUUUAAUCUACCUUAAUUGUUACCAGUACACAGGUCUGUCAGAUAUCAAUUUGAGAUUGGGCUCUAGCUAAAGUCUCCAUAUCUAAUUGAAGUGUUAAGCAAACACUAAAUGGAAUUUCAACUCAUAAUGGAUCGUGAACUUAAGAUUGAUGGACUCUUGCAACUAUGAAAAAAAACUCAAAAGAUUUCUCAUAGAAAAUAUUCAUAUUAAUAUUGUUAAAAUCUUUAUAUAUUAUAUUAUACAAGCCAAUAGAAAAUUUGUACUUUGUUGAACAUUAAAUUUGUACUUUGGUGAACAUUAAAUUUGUACUUUGGUGAACAUUAAAUUUGUACUUUGGUGAACAUUAAAUUUGUACUUUGUUAAACAUUAAAUUUGUACUUUGUUGGAACAUUAAAUUUGUACUUUGUUGAACAUUAAAUUUGUGGUUCACCUUAACCCAUAAAAUCCAUGAAGAUUGGUCUCCCAUAAAUGAUAAUGAAUCCGCAGAGUACAAGAAGACAGGGAGAGGUAAUAAAAAACCAUUAAGAAAAGACUGACUAUAAUACUAUGUAAACUAAAACACUAAAUGACAAACAGCAGUCUGCUAUACACCGAACAGAAAACAACACUGAUCCCAUUAAAAAUGUAGUGUGAUUGCAUAUCUCUAAAAAAGAAUUUUGGAGCUAAAUCUGCUUUAAACCCUUCUGGAGCAUCUGUGAUCACCCCCAAUUUUUGAUGGGGUUUGUGUUGCUCAGUCUAUAGUUUUCUAUGUUAUGAUUUGUUGGUUGUUUUUCAUUGUUUGUCAUGGCGUUGUCAAUUUUUUUUUCGACUUCUGAGUGAAUAUAUCUUGGGUAUCUUUGGCCUCUCUUUGACCAAGAAUGUCAAAUAUUAAUUUUCAUGAUAUCAAAGUGAAAAUUACAAACUGCUUUCAUGCAGUUCAGUGUGCAGUUAAAAGAAAUCACAAAUGGCAUGUCUGCACUAAAGUGAGCAGACUGUUUCAUUCAAUAACAAUAGAAUUAACAUAAUGUAGUAAGGACUAAAAAAAAAACCAUUUUUUUUCAAUUUUGUUUCAAAAGAAAUGGCUCUUAUCAUACAUACUCCCUACUUAUUGUUAAAAUUAAUAAUCUAAUUAUUAAAAUGAUGUAUAUUCAGUAUUUAGAAGUGGGGGAUGUAGAUUUGCUGAUCAGAUUGCAAAUCUGGAGAUUGAUAAAACAUUGAAAUGUUGUAAAAUAGUUUUUUUACUGAACUUGUGUUUAGUUAUAUAUUGUCAUAUUUUUAGGAAGCACACUUAAAAUUAUUUAUUUAUAAUAUUAGUAAUGAAAUAAAUUUAAAGAUGUUUUAUAAUUUAAAGUAUCUUCACUAGCACAAUAGUUCAGCGUCACCAAAAUGCUGAAUGGGUUUAUUUUCUUUUAAGUCCAAUGAACAGUUAAUAUAGAUGGGUCCAAACAAAAUUUCUUUUGACAAUCAAAAAUUUAAAACUAUCAAUUCGGAAACCAAAUCAAACAUGAUGGGACAAGUAUAAUAGAGUUUUUAUUAUUUUUUUUGGCCAGUCAGACUGGUUUCAUUGAUGAAUGCUUGUAUUGUUAAAGUGAAGACUGAAAAAAAAUCAAACCUUAGUUUGAAACCUUCAGAAAGUAGUUCAUGUAUAAAAUACUGUAAAUUCAGAAAAUUAUUGUGAGGUUCUUAUUAAUGUGAAUAAUCAGACUGGGAGAGUAUCUCAGUAAUAAGAACUAGCAUUCUGAUAUCUGAUACAUAUAUCUGUAUGCAAAUUUUCCUGAAAUCGCAGUAAUUAAUCUCGCAUUUUUGUCCAUUUUUAAAAAAUCUCAAUGAUAAAUGUGUGCAAUAAUUUGUGAAUUUACAGUAAUAAAGACGAACAUUCUAACACUUUUUAACCUGUGUAAUCUAAGUACCUGUCUAAUCUGGACAACAUUUUUAUAGUCCCAUAUAUUUUGAUUUUACUGGUUUAUUUGUAUUCUGUUGAUUUUUUUUCUAUUUUUUUUUUCUUUUUUUUUAUCUUCAUUUUAAUUUAGUCUGCAUGUCAGUUCAUACAGAUGUCUUCUCCUGUAAAAAGUGCUAAUAUUGUGUUCAGGUGACGGGAAACAACAUUUUUUUAUUAUUUCUAUUAUAUGUUUCUGAAAAAGAAAGAUAAAUAAUGAAAGAACUAUGAUUGAUAUGGGUAACAAUCUAUGCCUUGGGACUUAAAAAACUAUCUAUGUUAGUUUUGACCAUAUUUCUCUCAUUUUUUCUUGAGAGUUUGAGCAUUAUGUUAAAUUUUUUGGGGACAUGUGAACUACCAAACUGCACAUAUGUGCAAAAUAAUUUGCAUACAAUUCUUACUUGCAUCUUAUGUGAUUCACAUGUGGAACUCAUGUACUUUUGUUAGCAAUUUCUCUACUGGUUAAACACAAACCAGAUUGUAGCAGAGUUUUCAUAGCUCUUCUUUACUGGGUGGAGUUGUAAAUUGCAGGUUGUGUAUGUUACUGUAAAUUCAGAAAUUAUUGCGUGCAUUUAUUAUUGCGAUUGUUAAAGAAAGAACAAAAAUGUGAGAUUAAUUAUUGCGAUUUCAGAUAAACCUGCAUACAGAUAUAUGUAUCAGAUAUAAGAAUGUGAGUUCUUAAUAUUGCGAUUCCCACCCAGUCGCAUUAUUCGCAUUAAUAAAAACCUCGCAAUGAUUUCUGAAUUUACAGUAGCCUCCCAUUUGUAUGUUUACACUUUGAAUAGUGUUAAUUCAGAAAUUAUUGCGUGCAUUUAUUAUUGCGAUUUUUGAAGAAUGGACAUAGAUGCGAUUAUGAUUCUGAUUUCAGGAAAAGCUGCAUACAGAUAUCAGAUAUCAGAAUGUGGGUUAUUAUUGUGAUGCUCACCCAGUCACAUUAUUCUCAUUAAUAAAAACCUUGCAAUAGUUACUGAAUUUACAGAAGUAUUUCUGUUUGAAACUAAACUAGGGAUGCUGAAA